AUGGAUCUCGCUUAUGAUCACAUAGCGGAACAGUCAUUCACGCCUGGUGACCGUGUCGCUACACCGACGCCUCCGGUGUCGAACAUCACCCCCACGACUUCGAACGCUGCUACAACUCCCAAGCCCGACCACGCAACUGCCAGAGAGAACCUCCAAACCGAGUUCCAAGAAACAUUCAAAGCUUUCUCCAAUUCCCCCUGGGGUGCAAAGUUGGGCGGCCUUUGGGGAAAUGUUAGAAAACAAGGCGAGACUUACUAUGAGGAAGCAAGGAAGGAGGCUACGGAAGUGGCGAACGAGGUGGAAGCACUGAGGACGAAAGGGUUUCUUGGCCUGGGAUUUGGCAAGGAGAAGACCAAGCAAGAGGAUGAACCCUCUGAGGAGCGUAGCAUAGAACCGACCAAAGCUUCGCCAGAAGGCGAGGAAAACAAAGAUCUCCAGGAUACUGAAACGCUUCUUGCGCGAUUCAAAAUGGAGGCAGCAAAGAGAUUGAAAGAGGUGCAGAAGGCGGAAGACGCAGCUGACGAAGCACUCUUACGAUUUGGCAUGAACAUCAGGAACUUCCUGCGCGAUGCAGUAGCGGUGAGCGCGCCGGACGAAGAACAACUUGACCAUCGUCAGCCUGGCGAGGUGCUUUUUGAGAGCAAAGACCCCAAUUCCGGCAAAAGAGUCAUCCACACCAGCAGAUUCGAUGCCCAACUACAUGUCAUCCACACCACCUUGACCAGUUUCACCCAGGAUCCUAGCGGGGCUGGCGGGCAAUGGGAUGAUUUCAAGAAAGAUUUUGACAUUGAUAAAAUGACGGCACGGAUUGCGGAAGAUCUGGACAAGUACAGCGAGCUGAGAACUUCAAUGGAGAAAGUUGUACCGGAAAGCGUGGACUACAAGGAUUUUUGGACGCGAUAUUACUUCCUGAGACAUGUUGUGGAGGUUCAAGAGGAAAAGAGAAAGGAGCUACUUCGAGCGUCGGCCAACGAUGCCGAAGAAGUUCGCUGGGAUGAGGAUUCUGAGGAUGAGCAAGGAUCCGCGUCCACACCACAACUCCAGCAAAGCCAGGGACCGCCACUGAAAGUACUCGUUGCUCAAAACACAAACGACUCCUCAACUACAGUACAUCAGACACCGGCUGUUCCCGAACCAGGAUCUCUCAAGCCUGAGAGUGCGAGUCGAAGGUCUCAUGAUGAGAAAUCGGUGGCCGACAGCGAUGCUAGUUACGACCUAAUUAGUGGCGCCACAAGCCGUGCUCCAGGCAGCCCGAAGGACGACGCAGCUAAGUCGCCGACAAAGGCAGAUGAAAGCGAUGAAGAGGACUGGGAAUGA